GCAGCCUCUUGCAUUGGGGCAGGAAGAGAUGGCGGCAGCAGGCGAGACGCAGAUCUACGCGAAGGUUUCCAACAAGCUCAAGGGCCGCAGCACGCCCUCGCUCCUCGACCCACUCCUGGCCAUGGGCUUUCCGGCACACACCGCGCUGAAAGCUCUGGCAGCCACGGGAAGGAAGACCGUGGAGGAAGCCUCAGACUGGCUGAAUUGUCACUGCAAUGACCCUUCUCUGGACGACCCCAUCCCCCAGGAGUAUGCCCUCUUCCUCUGCCCCACGGGGCCUCUGCUGGAAAAACUUCAGGAGUUCUGGAGAGAGAGCAAGCGUCAGUGUGCAAAGAACAGAGCUCACGAGGUCUUCCCUCACGUGACCCUCUGCGACUUCUUCACGUGUGAAGACCAGAAGGUGGAAUGUUUGUAUGAGGCUCUAAAGAGGGCUGGGGACAGGAUCCUGGGCUCCUUCCCUGCAACUGUGCCUCUGGUUCUCCAUUCUUCCAUCAGCUACCUCGGCUUCUUCAUUGACGACAGCCCUGCAGACGUCAUCCGGGAAUUUGCCAUGCUGUUCGCCACGGAGGCAUCUGUCUUAGCAGACUGUACCGUGAAGCCCUGCACCAAGCAGCUGCAUCUGACCUUGGCACACAAGUUCUACCCCCACCACCAGAGGACGCUGGAGCAGCUGGCCAAAGCUGUCCACCCGGGCCACAGCUGCCAGUGGACUGCGGCGCUAUAUUCUCGAGAUAUGCGUUUCGUGCACUACCAGACCCUGAGGGCCCUCUUCCAGUACAAACCCCAGAAUGUAGACGAGCUGAUGCUAAGUCCCGGUGACUACAUCUUCGUGGACCCCACUCAGCAGGAGGAGGCCAGUGAGGGCUGGGUGAUUGGGAUCUCCCAGCGAACGGGCUGCCAAGGCUUCCUGCCAGAAAACUACACAGAGCGAGUCAGCGAGUCGGAUACCUGGGUCAAGCACAGGACUUACACCUUCAGUCUAGCCAUGGACCUAAACUCCAGGAGGGACGGUGAAGCCGGCGGCAGACGGAAUGGAGAGUUUCGUCCACCACCAAUGUCCAGGAGUAUUAGCAGCCUACAGGACUUGCAGGCCACGAUAGUGAGGAGGAGCGUGCUGGUGGUGCGCCACGGGGAGAGAGUGGACCAGGUCUUCGGAAAGUCAUGGCUGCAGCAGUGCUCCACCCCAGAUGGAAAGUACUACAGGCCAGACCUGAACUUCCCUUGCAGUCUGCCCCGACGCAGCAGUGGAAUCAAAGACUUUGAGAACGAUCCGCCAUUGUCAUCAUGUGGAAUUUUCCAGUCCAGAAUCACAGGGAAUGCACUGCUGGACAGUGGUGUCAGUAUCACCUCUGUCUUCACCUCCCCCGCCCUCCGCUGUGUGCAGACCGCCAAGCACAUCCUAGAAGAACUCAAACUGGAGAAAAGAAUUAAGAUAAGAGUAGAACCCGGCAUCUUCGAAUGGACAAAAUGGGAGACUGGCAAAACGACCCCGACCCUCAUGAACUUGGAAGAGCUAAAGGAGGCAAAUUUCAAUGUCAACACUGAUUAUAGGCCUGCGUUCCCCCUGUCUUCCCUUAUGCCAGCUGAGAGCUAUGAUGAGUAUGUCCACAGGUGUGCAGUGAGCAUGGAGCAGAUCAUCAGCACCUGCUCGCAGGACAUGGGCGUCAUUCUGGUUGUGAGCCAUGGCUCAGCUCUGGACUCCUGCACUCGGCCGCUCCUCGGACUGCCCCCCCGGGACUGUGGGGAUUUUGCCCAGUUAGUGAGAAAGAUCCCCUCUCUGGGCAUGUGCUUCUGUGAAGAAAAUAAAGAGGAAGGGAAGUGGGAGCUGGUGAGCCCACCCAUCAAGACGCUGACUCACGGGUCAAACUCGGCAUUUAACUGGAGGAACUGGAUCCUGGGCAACUAACUGGGCGCUGCUUUGUGUUUUUCUAACUUCACGAUGAAGUGGGGAGACUAAGUGCAGAGGCCGCACGACCUGUUAUUUCCAAGGUACCUCAGUCUUGCCUAAUGUGAUAAGGAGAAGCACAAAAAUGCACUUUAUAUUCUGGAAUAUUUGCCACGUGCUUUCACCUUCGUGGCUCCUGCCUGUGGACCGGUUGUCCUGUGAGCUCUGCUGGGAGCCCAGAGCAGGUGGCUGGAUUGGGAUGCCACAUCCUGCACCCCAAACUCAAGGCUGUGACUUGGAGGGAAAUGAUGAACAGAGACCCCAACUUCCAAGUGUUUGUGACUCAUUCCCUCGACCCCACACACACAGAAAAAAUCCAUCUUAUUUUGUGUUCCCGUUACUUAAACUCCAAAUCAUUUGGUCCUUUUCCCUUUCAACUGCUCUUUAGCUCUGCCCAUAGAGUGAAAAGAGGUAUUCUAUCCAAUAAAACGAUACAAGAAAACCAUCUUCCUGAUUGAAAGCCGGGACCUGCUCCUUGGUGUCAACAGCCCGGGCAUUCCAUUCCUGUUGCUGCUACAAGAAUCAGAAAAAUAAAUUUGAAAAAAAUUAAAAAAAAAAAAAUCACCCUGAACUCAGUGGUAAAUGAAAACCACCCAAGCAGUGCCAACACACACACACACACACACUGGACACACCUAGUAACCAGGUUCCUCUCUCAUCUCAAGAUCCUGAACGUACCCACAACUGCAAAGUCUGCAUUCCAUGUAAGGACAUAUGGUCACAGGUCCUGGGGAUUAGAACGUGGAUGUCUUUGGGGGCCAUUCCUUAGCCUACAGUUCCCCCAUCCUGCCAAGAACACUGGGGCUGCCCACCCAGGAGCCUGGGAGUAAGGACUGGAGGCCUCCCCCUUGGUUCAGGUCUUCUGUGGCUUCUGUUUUCUCACUCUGAUCAAAGGGGAGUGAGGAGGGGGCUUUGUACAUAGGAGGCGUGAGGUCCCCGGACUUAACAGGGAACUGAGAGAAGGGUUAGUAAAGUAAAGUCUGCCCAUGCUGGAGUAGACCCCAUGGUGGCACAGACUUUCUGAGAAGGUGGUCCAACAAUGGGUGGAAUCUCCCCUAGUGUCCUCCCACUCCCCACCUCCUGAGAAUCACACCGGUCCACACAGCCCAGGCAGGCCAGGCCUUAGGCUGCAUGGAAGAUCCCAUCACACCAAGUCUCAGCCUUUAUUCUCUUCCACCUCCACCCCCAACCCCCAACUGCCCUGGCUCCUGUUUACACUUCCAGUGCGGGGCUGUGGCUGGCCUCCCCUAGAAUGACACAGAGACCUUACAGGAAGUUUUGCACUUCACCUGCGGCCUCCCCCACCUCUCACUCCGCAGCCCCACCUCUCACUCCCCAGCCCCUCCAUCUCCCAGGCCAGCCCUGGAGCACACAAGAAAAGGGAAUGUGCAGAAAUAGAGACGGUGCGGGCCUGAGCCGAGAGGGGGGCAGUACCCCAUGGCUGCACACACGAGGAGGCUACACCCAGCAGGCAAGUCCCAGGUGUUUGAGUCGAAGUCUAUCUCCACAGUGAAAGACACAUUUCUUCCUUGUUUUAUUUUAUUAGUGACAUAAGUUUUCUUCAUCCAAACAGGGAAGUGUGAAGUGAACACGGCAAUAGCGCAGAGCAGAGCUCAGCCACUCCUGGGCCGUGCCUGUGUCUGUAGGUAUCGUAAGUCCUCAGUGAAAUAAUCCCAGAUGUGUCCCACCAGGUGCUCUCCAGAAAAUAAAUGGAUUCCUUGUGAUUGGCUGGCCAUAUGUCCCACCCUGAGCAUUUGAACAUCCUCUCCUGCCCAUCCAAUGAGUCCAUGGUCAGGAAGGAGUCUUCCUGCCUGUUCUGUGGACACUUGCACACUUGUGAAUUGUGAUCAUGA